GUAUAGCCUGCACCGAAAACUAUAAACACUGUUACGGGAAGAAAGAACUAGCUAAUUAAAGAAUGACAUGCAAUCAGAUAGAAAACUCUUUCUCCAAUAUAGGUUCGUAAUAUGUUCUUAGAGUAGGCAGUGCAUUCUUGUAUCUAUGAAAUGCACGCCAUUGUUCGAUAUGACAAAGUAAUUCUGAUAAAAAAGUGUGUGUCAGUUCCGACGCACGAAUGGAGUUUAAUCUUUCAGAUCGACUACGGCAUACACUAUGUACGUUUCAAAAUCUACGCCUGAAAAGUGAAAGGUGCGCAACCGAGGAGCAGCAGGCCACGGCGUGCGCGCAUGUACCGCAAGUACAUGCUGUUUGAGGCAGCGCACGGUGAAAGGUGCGCAGAAUAGGUUGCGCACAAAAACGUAAUGCUGUCAUUCGUUCAUCGAAUUUUACUGCUUAUGCUUAUGCCUAUUAGGCUAUGUAUGAAAAACCGAUUCUUAAGGAGUAAACUCCAAAAAAACUAAUCCAUUAUUUCAAAUUUGCUCCUUUUUCAUCAGAAAAUUUAGCCGAUUAACAUAUCUGUGCAAUGUGCAUGUUCGCGCCAAGCUCACGCUUCCCUCUCCUACUCCAACGCAUCCUCCAUUUACCUCUCUGUCCCGCAUAAACUCCCGUUAUCUUCGUCCACGCCGCUGAAAACUUGUCAAAAUUAAUAGUCGCAAUUAAACCACCAACUUACGUAUGCGCGCGCGCACCGCGACAAUUCGCCUGUUCGCUUAAAUUAUGUGUUUUUAUGGUGAAAAGUGAAGAGAAGAAAAAGAAAGAAAAGCAGUGUCAGUAAGUCCUGUUCUAUUUUUUCCCUUCCUUAGCAAAGCCGAACGCGAACAUAUUUUUGGUCACUUCGAGCCACGGAUUGAACCCCCUUUUUUCUCUUUAUAUAAACGCUAAUUUCAUUAUUUCAACGCUUAUUUUAUUAUUUCGCAAGGUCCUUCGAGUAUACCUAUAUUCGUAUUCAUAUUAUUUCCAUAUAUUUCUUACAUUACGCACUUUUUCUUCGCUGACGUGUUACGGUGAAUUGAAUGUACCAUUAAUUCAUAGUUACGUUUAGGUAUUAUACCUAUUUCAAACGCAUUUUUAGAAUAUAUACGCUAUUAUCAACUUAUUAUUACAAGAUUUACGCUUAAAUUCGCUAUUAUUUUAAAGCUGAUGCAAUAAAAUAGUUGUCGGUGCAACUCGUAAGUCGACAUCUUUUUUCUUUGUCUCGACCACCAGCUGAUGUGGCAAAUAGUAUUACAUUGAAAAAUAUUUGGUUGUCUAUUACUUACGCUUGACUUUUAUUUGAAUAUUUUACGCUUAUACGCAUAUUAAAUAUUAUUUCAUAAAAUGCCACGUCGUACGCCUGAAUCAUUACCUGAGGUAGGCCAGGAAGUUUUAAUUUUAGAGGCUCAGGUUCGCGCUUAUUUUGCUAAUAUGCAAGCUAUAUAUAACGCUUCUACAAAUACAGGCGAAAACCCAGAGGGCUUUUUAAGCAAGGCAGCUAAUAUAAAUACCUUACGUACGGAGUAUUUAAACUUAGUUAAACAGCUCAAUAUAGCUCGUUUACAGGAAGAUACGAAUUACGAACCAAACUUUCAAUCUUUAAUCGCCUUUGAAGAAUUGUUCUCAGCAGUUCAAUAUAGAAUGAAUGAACUUUCACCUUCGUCAUCCAAUAGUCCGAGAAGCCCGGCUAAAUUUCAAACCCCGGUACAAUCUAAGUCACGAAUUAAGCUCCCUGCUAUAAAUUUGCAAAAAUUUGAUGGAAACGCCAGGGAUUGGACGGCUUUCUAUGAAUGUUAUAAUAACAUCAUUCAUUAUAACAAAGAUUUGUCAAACACCGAGAAGCUACAAUACCUAUUAGGGCAAAUUUCAGGCACCGCUCAGACGGCCAUUGCGGGUAUCGAACCCACGGGUGACAAUUAUCAGUUAAUUUAUUCUACUCUUGAAGACAAAUAUCAAGACGUACGAAAUUUAGGAUGUUUUUAUUUAGAUCAAAUUUAUAAUUUCAAACCGCUAAUAAAUUCGCAGAACCUAAAUUCUUUUUUAGACACAUGCGCGACUUCUAUUGCCGCAUUUGAAAAGUUAAAAAUUAAAGACAAAACCGAUUUUAUUUACCUGUAUCUGUCAUUAAAGAAAAUAGAUCAAGAAACCGCUCGCUUAUACGAAUCGUCAAUUCGGUCCGAAAAACUACCUUCAUUUGAAAAUUUUAUUACAUUUAUUAAAGAGCAAGCGAAAAUUAAUGAGCGCAUUCCGUCGAGUUCAUAUACUAACGUCACAGAUAAUCGGCCACGAAUGCGUAGGAUUCCUGUACUUAAAGAAAUGCCACCUAGGACGAAGUCUUUCGUGACGUCAGAUACAUAUGAAUGUCCUCUCUGUAACAAUAAGCAUCAUAAUCAUUUUUAUCAAUGUUCGGAAUUUUUAAAGUUAACGCCGCGAGACAGAUAUGCUGCAAUAAAAGCGAAUAACGCAUGCACUGCAUGUUUGUCUGUUUAUCACACAAAGGUUUCUUGUAACAGCUCAAAAAGUUGCAACUUUUGCAACUCUCAGGUUCAUCACUCUCUGUUAUGUUUUUCACACAAACCUGGGACCGAUAAUGCAUCUACCUAUAAAAUAGAUAAGAAUAAAGCUACCUCGGCGCGGGAUAUUGUUGAAACGCAAAACCAUACGGCAGCCGCUGUAUCUUUAUGUUCAAUAGAAAAAACGAGGCAAACGACUCGCACGUCUGUUUUGCUCGCUACUGCUUGUGUACGCACUUUAAAUAAAUCGGGAAUUGAAUUUACGCUUAGAUGCUUAAUUGAUAACGCUUCGCAACAUAAUUUUAUAACGAACGAAUGUGCUACCCGUCUUAAUUUAGAUAUAAACCAGCCGACAUACCCGAUGUCGGUCGAUGGGUUUGGAGGUAAUUCUAGUAAAAUAAAGGGUGUUACACAUUUAACCAUUUUUUCGAAAUUUAACAGUAACAACUCGUAUACAUUUAACUCGUUAAUAGUAGACAAGAUAACACAUCAAUUACCGACAUCGCACAUAGAUAAAUCGUCGAUCACUCAUUUGACAGGCGUGCCGCUAGCGGACGAGACUUAUUACCUACCUGGCCGAAUAGAUAUGAUAUUAGGCGCGCAGAUGUUCACGCAAAUAAUUCGGACGGGUCGCAUAUACUCGCCGCCAGGGGCGCCACAAGCCUUCGAAACAACGCUAGGAUUUAUUCUGAUGGGUGAAGCACCGAUAUCACAAAGUUCAUAUAACUCGCAGAUUCAAAUCUUUUGUGCUAUUACUAACGAGAGAUUGGAUAGUUCUUUACGCAAGUUUUUUGAAGUAGAAGAAAUACCAAAACCAAAAAAUAAAUUUCUUAGCCCCGAAGAGCAAGAGUGCGAAGAAAUUUAUAAAAAUACAACGCAACGCGAUUCGCAGGGUAGGUAUAUAGUAGCUUUGCCUUUUAAGUCGGAUCCUAAUAUGUUAGGUGACGCAUCACAGCAUGCACUAACUAGAUUUAGAAUUUUAGAACGCAAAUUGGAGUUGUCCCCUAAUUUACGCACCGAAUAUAAUAGUAUCUUUCAAGAAUAUAUUGAACAAAACUACUUAGCUCCAAUCAAACAUAAAUCGGAUAUUCAAUACGUUAUUCCGCACUUAUGUGUAAGACGGGAGGAUAAGGUCUCUUCGAAAAUAAGACUGGUCCUUGACGCUUCUAGUAAGAGUGUAGAAAAUAAUAUCAGCCUAAAUCAGUUGUUACAUAAGGGCCCUAAUCUACAAUCAGAUUUAUUUAUAGUACUUUUAAAUUUUAGAUUAUUUAAAAUCGCAAUAUCUGCCGACAUAAAGCAAAUGUAUUUGCAAUUAAAAGUUCAUCCAGAAUUCUGGAAGUUUCAACGCAUUUUCUAUCGCUUCGCUAAAACUGAACCUUUGCAAUUAUUUGAAUUUAACCGUGUUUGCUUCGGUCUAAGUUGUAGUCCGUUUUUAGCACUUAGAACGCUUAAGAAACUGGCAGAAGAUGAAGGUAGAAACUACCCUUUAGCAAAAAAAAUAAUAGAUGAAGGGCAAUAUUAUAUGGAUGAUGUCCUAUAUACAACGCAUACAGUAGGCGAAGCCAUUAAUUUAGCAGAUCAAUUAUCCAGCAUGUUAUCACUAGGCGGAUUUAAACUUUUAAAAUGGUCGAGUAACUCUUCACUAUUUUUACAAAAUUAUCCUAAAGAAAUAUUGCAUCCUUCGAUUUUGGACCCAAAAACAAUUAAUUUCAGUACCGCCGCGGGUCAAAAGGUAUUAGGUAUUGAAUGGGAACCUGCGCACGAUACAUUUACCUUCAACUUCACACCUAACGAACUCAAAUGUACUAAAAGGAAUAUGUUGUCAAUUAUAGCACAAUUAUUUGACGUAUUGGGUUUGAUCGCACCUGUCAUUUUAUACGCUAAGCUAUUAAUUAAAGAGCUUUGGUUGCAAAAAAUAGAUUGGGAUGAUGACCCACCUCAUCAAAUCACGCAGUCUUGGUCGAGAUUUCAAUCGGAGUUAUCAUGCUUAUCCCAGCUUUCGAUACCACGACACAUAGGUAUUACAGACAGCUGUGAAAUAAGUCUAGUGGCCUUCGCUGACGCAAGUGAGAAAGCUUAUGGUGCAGUCUUAUAUAUUCACACUAAGACUCCAACCACGACUACGGUUAAACUACUUUGCGCCAAAUCGAAAGUAGCACCGGUUAAAAUAAUCACGCUUGCAAAGUUAGAACUUUGUGCGGCUUAUUUACUGUCCAAAUUAGUUAGCGUCGUAUUAUCAAGUUAUUGUUCACGUAUAACGGUGAAACGCAUUUAUGCCUUUUCCGAUUCUACUAUAACACUAAAUUGGAUAAACACUAGCCCACAUAAACUUAAAACAUUCGUCGCUAAUAGAGUUUCAAAAAUUCAAACCAAUGUAAAACCGGAAAACUUUUUUCACAUCGCUGGUAAAGAAAAUCCAAGUGACUGUUUGUCUCGAGGACUGACACCAGCACAAUUAAUAUCUCAUCCUUUAUGGUUUAGCGGCCCAUCUUGGUUGCAAUCAGAUUGUAACGAAUGGCCUAUUAAACCAUUCGCUCCUACGCUAGAAAACUUACCGGAAGUUAAAUUAAUCGCACUACCCGCUGUCACUGAAAAACAGCCACUUAUAAAUACUAUCGCACAACGCACGUCUAAUUGGAACAAAUUAUUACGCAUAUUUACGUAUCUACUACGUUUUUCUAAACGCAUAAAUACAAGCGGAUCGAUAACCGCAGACGAUUUAAAUACAUCCGAAAUGUUUAUUGUUCGCGUACUGCAACAAACCUAUUUUUCUGAAUACAUAAACGCAAUAAAAAAUAACCACGCAAUACCACGCCUGCUUAAUAAACUUAGACCCAUACUUAUAAACGGAAUCCUUCGUGUUGGCGGACGUAUAUCUGCAAGCUCAGAGAUCUCCUUUGACCAUAAGCACCCAGUAUUACUACCUCGCAAAGAUCACAUUGUUAACUUAAUAAUAGACCAUGUUCAUAGUAUGAGUUGUCACGCCGGUCCACAACUAACUUUGUCAUUAUUACGAAAGAAGUAUUGGAUUUUAUCCGCUCGGACAGUAGUACGUGCACGCAUUCAUGCUUGUAUUCCGUGUUUUAAAACCCGUCCUAAACCAUGCCAAACGCCAUUAAUGGCAGAUUUACCCACUUGUAGAUUAGAUAUAUCUAAAGCCUUUUCUAAUACAGGAAUCGACUAUUGUGGGCCCUUUUACACGACGCUCGCAAGAGGGCGUGGCAUAAAAAGUCAAAAGGCUUACGUCUGCAUAUUUAUUUGUCUAACCACACGGGCAGUACACGUAGAAGUAGCCCCAGACUUAACUACACACUCCUUUUUAAACGCUUGGAAAAGGUUCGUAAGCAGGCGAGGGCAUGUGAAUUCAGUUCGAACCGACCAGGGAUCCAAUUUUAAAGGUGCUAAGGCAUACCUCAGUGAAUUAUACGAGUUUUUAAAUUCAGAGUACGAUGAGGCAUUUAAAAAAGAACUUGCAAAUAGUCGAAUUUCCUGGGUUAUGAACCCACCUAAUGCUCCCCAUUUUGGAGGCAGCUGGGAGUCCGCCGUAAAAUCUUUUAAAACUCACUUGCUAAGAGUGAUAGGCAAUCAAAUCUUAACUUACGAGGAAUUAUUAACAGUAUUGUGUCAAAUUGAGGCUGUUCUGAACUCUCGCCCGCUGGGAUUGCUUAGCGAAGAUCCCGCAGAACCAAGUCCUAUUACGCCCGCGCAUUUUUUAAAUACAACCCCUCUCAAAUUAUUACCCGCUGCCGACGUUCUUAGCGAGAAAUCCAGUUUACUAUCUAGGUUCUCGCUCUUAGAUAAACUAGUUCAAUCAUAUUGGAAACGUUGGCGCGACGAAUACCUACACACUUUACAAGUUCGAGAAAAAUGGAAUACCGAAUCACGCCCAAUUCAGAUUAACACGGUCGUACUAAUAAUGCAGGAUAACGCACCGCCACUACACUGGCCUUUAGGCAUAAUAGAGAAACUAUAUACAGGUAUAGAUGGUCGCUCACACGUCGCUUUAGUUAAAACAAAGAAUGGUACAUUCAAACGUCCUGUAAUGCGUUUAUGCCCACUUCCUAUUCAGUACUAAUUUUAAUUUAGUUUAAUAUUUAAGUCUAGUUUAUUUUUUUGUUUUAAUAUUUCUUUUUUAUUAUUAUUGUUAUAUACUUCGCUAUAUUCGCUUCCUCUUUUGAAAGCUUUUCAAAGCUUUCAAAGCUGGGCAGUAUGUUCGCGCCAAGCUCACGCUUCCCUCUCCUACUCCAACGCAUCCUCCAUUUACCUCUCUGUCCCGCAUAAACUCCCGUUAUCUUCGUCCACGCCGCUGAAAACUUGUCAAAAUUAAUAGUCGCAAUUAAACCACCAACUUACGUAUGCGCGCGCGCACCGCGACAAUUCGCCUGUUCGCUUAAAUUAUGUGUUUUUAUGGUGAAAAGUGAAGAGAAGAAAAAGAAAGAAAAGCAGUGUCACAGGGAGGUGCGAAAGGUGCGCAACCGAGGAGCAGCAGGCCGCGGCGUUUGCGUGCACACUGUUAGCGGUAGCGCACGGUGAAAGGGAGCUGCUGGAUCUGGGAUCGAAAGUAAUUGAAUCUAAUGAUGUUGAAAAUAAUAGUAUUUUUGUUUCAAUUUAUUCUAAAAAUAGCGGACGCCCGCGACUUCAUCCGCGUGGAAAUCAAUGUAAACUUUCAAGCCCUGUUUCAUCACUUUAGAGUGUGAAUUAAUAAAACUGUAACUCUUAAUUACUUUCCAUACAAACUUUCAACCCCUAUUUCACCCCCUUCUUAUUUUAUUUUCACAAUAUAAAGUAUCAUAUAACCUUCUCCGUAAACCGUGCAACCGUGCGUGGUCUUAAACCGUGCGUGAUGCUCGAAUAACAAAAAAACACGGACAGAGAGACAUACAGACAAAAAUUCGUAUUAUAAGUAUAGAUUCUAGAUGGCGCUAGUAGUACCUUAUGUCACGGUAACGUUUGUCGUUACAAAUGAUAUAAGUAAAAUCUCAAAUUGAGAAUAAAUGUAUAGAAUUCGACCAGUUUUAUUAAGUAUAGAUAUAGAUAUAGAUAUAGAUAUAGAUAUAGAUAUAGAUAUAGAUAUAGAUAUAGAUAUAGAUAUAGAUAUAGAUAUAGUUAUAGAUGAUUCAAAGUAGAUAAAUACAAUAUGAUAGAUACUGUACGUAUGUAAAU